AUGUUUUCUCUGCGUGCGCUGCAUCGCGCAGCCCCUUUGUCUCUGCGCCCAUGUAGCAAUUGUCUGCGCCAGUAUUCCAUCCCAUCACCCUCGAGCCAGCAAAAGACGGAGAAGAAAGUCAUUUUUUCCGGCAUCCAACCCACAGGCAUCCCACAUCUUGGAAAUUAUCUGGGCGCAUUACGACAAUGGGUUCGACUGCAAGACGAAGCGUCACCAGACACGACGCUCCUCUUCUCAAUUGUCGACUUGCACGCUAUUACCAUUAAGCAAGAUGCACGUCAAUUGGCGACCUGGCGCAAAGAGAUGCUAGCCAGUCUCCUAGCAGUAGGACUCGACCCAAAGCGAUGCAUAAUUUUCACACAGAGCAGCGUAAAGCAGCAUGCAGAGCUCAUGUGGAUUCUUAGUUGCGGUGCCAGCAUGGGUUAUUUGGGUCGCAUGACACAGUGGAAGGCCAAACUCUCCCUCCCAGCAAACUCCUCCCCCCUCGACCCCUCCAACAACAAAGACGCCCUAAAACUCGGCCUCUUCUCCUACCCCGUCCUCCAAGCCGCAGACAUCCUCCUCUACAAUACCACGCACGUCCCCGUCGGCGAAGAUCAAGUGCAGCACCUCGAACUCACGCGUGAGUUGGCCAUUGGCUUUAACCAUGUCUACUCCUCCCCGCCACCUUCAUCAGUGUUAGGGGGGGAAGAAGAAGAAGGAGCAGCCCCCCUGCUAACCAUCCCCCAAACCCUCCUCAGCCCCGCCAAACGCAUAAUGAGCCUCACGGACCCCACCAAGAAGAUGAGCAAAAGCGACGCUCGUCCGAAAUCCCGCAUCCUGCUUUCCGACUCGAGAGAAGAUAUCCUUGCAAAAGUGAAAUCCGCGCUGACGGAUUCCAUCGAGGGCGUCAGUUAUGACCGCGAGAUGCGGCCUGGAGUCUCAAAUUUGGUGGAUCUGAUGUGGCAUUUUGAGAAUGAUGGUAAGACGGAGUCCCCAGAGGAAUUAGCAGAGGACUUGAAGGAUUUGAGUAUGAGGGCGCUCAAGGAAAAGGUGGCAGAGACGGUGGAUGCAGGGAUUAGUGGGGUAAGGGAGAGGUAUUUGGAGUUGAUGAAGGGGGAUCAGAAGGAAUUGGUGAGGUAUGCGGAGGAGGGUGCGCGUAGAGCGGAGGAGAUUGCUGAGGGAACGAUGGUGAGGGUGAGGAGUGCGUUGGGGAUUGGGUGGUAA